CGUCUACUGUGUGCUAACAAUACGACACUUUCAAUGUUGCGAUCUAUUUGCAAUGUUUACAAAACAAUCAGCGCAGAAAGAUAUCUCAGAAAAUCUCCUAAUUUUGUGAUUAGCAUCCGGACGGUAACUAACCAAGUUCCCCGAAUUUCUGAACUUUUUCCGGUAAUUACCGUGAUAAUGUUUUGCAAAAAAUCUCGGUCGGUUGAUAAUGUAUCACGUUAUGGGUCCAAGACUAUUGAUAGAUACUUUACGCCCAAAUUACAGAAGGAUAUCAAUAAUAAUUGCCAGCCGAGAUUUAAAGAUGCGGAAGAAGUUGAUUAUUAUCCGAAUUGUGAUACUUCCGUUUGGAUGCGAUCUUGUGAGAAGGAAGUUAUUGAGCCGAUUUUUGGAAAGACGACUGGUGUGAUUCCUAAAUGGCUUAAAGGAACUUUGCUAAGAAAUGGACCGGGGAAUUUAAAAGUUGGGGAUUAUGAAUUCGAUCACUUGUUUGACAGCUCUGCGUUGUUACACAGGUUCCACAUUUCCGAUGGAAAAGCGACAUACCAAAGGCGCUUCAUCCAAACAGACGUUUACAAAAGAAACCAACAAGCCCAAAGAAUCGUCUUGACGGAAUUUGGAACAAAAGCAGCUCCAGAUCCUUGCCAAAGUAUCUUCCAUCGAGUUUCUGCUAUUUUUAACCCAGCAGACAACGCAUCAGACAACACAAUGAUAUCCGUUUACCCUUUCGACGAUGAGUUCUACACAUUUACCGAAUUCCCCGUGGUCCACAAAAUCGACCCAGUAACUUUAGAAACCAAAAAUAAGGUCAACAUCUCGAAACACGUGGGUAUUGUAAACCACACAUCGCACCCACAUGUGGCCAAAGAUGGGACUGUUUACAAUGUGGGACUCCAUGUUGGUUCCAAGGGUCCAGAAUACAGUGUCAUCAAGUUCCCAAUUGCUCGGAACGCUGACAAAUCGAUGUUCGACCAAGCCGAGAUAGUUGGUAACGUCCCUGCUAGAUGGCCCAUGAAUCCAUCCUACAUGCACACUUUUGGAAUUACCGAUAAUUACUUCAUUAUCAUCGAGCAGCCGCUGGCUAUUUCAUUCACCAAGAUGGUCAAGUGUCAUUUGAUGAACCAGCCGCUUUGCACUUGUCUCAAGUGGCAUGAUGAUCAAAAUACGCUUAUUCAUCUGAUAUCAAGAACCGACGGGAAAUUAAAAAGAACAUUUACCGCUGAAAAAUUCUUUUUCUUCCACACUAUAAAUCAAUUUGAAACGCUUGAUAAAGAUUACAUUGUUCUUGAUUUGUGCUGCUACAAAGACGCUAAAAUGCUUGACUGCAUGUACAUAGAAUCGAUUAAGAAUAUGCACAAAAAUCCUAAUUACGCUGAAUUGUUCCGCGGACGACCUUUGAGAUUCAUUUUACCAAUUGGAAAAGAUGAACAUAGUCAGGAUAACUUAAUUAAGAUUGAAUUUGUGCACCAAACUCUCAAUUCUAAUGACAACAACAAUUUUAACAUUAAAGACACAAAGGAUAUGUUAAGCCGCAAAGCAUCAGCUUAUAAACUUCCCGACGGUAAAAUUUUCGUAAAACCAGAACUAAUUUGCGAUCUGGGUUGCGAAACUCCAAGGUUCAAUUAUAAGCUUCUCGGCAAAGAGUAUCGUUAUUUUUACGCUAUUUCCAGCGAUGUUGAUCUUGAUAAUCCUGGAACGGUUAUAAAGGUCGAUACUGCAACCAAAACUCGGGUUACUUGGAGCGAAAAAGGUCUCUAUCCAAGCGAGCCAAUUUUUGUCCCAAAUCCUGAAGGACAGGAUGAAGAUGACGGAGUUAUCGUCAGCGCAGCUGUUUUUGGGAAGAGCAAUGAGUCUGAAGUGUGUUUGAUAAUUAUAAAUGCAAAAACAAUGAAGGAAAUCAGCAGAACUGUGUUUUCCACUCCCGGGCCAGUUCCUAAAUGCUUGCACGGGUGGUUUUCUAUGGACAAAUAA